AGCAGGAGGAGGACUAUUUCAUAUCGAUUGGAAUCUGAGCCACCAUAGGGCCAUGUUCCGUGCACUGACCUCGGUCACAGCUGCCCUCAGACCCCAAGCCUCAGUCUGGGCAAGAACUAUGGCCUCCCAGCUGGUGCCCCCUCCAGAUGCCCUUCGCCGCCCCCUGAAGGUCCCCAACCGUCUCCUGCUGGGGCCUGGCCCAGCCAACCUGGCGCCUCGAGUGCUGUCAGCUGGGGGAAUGCAGAUGAUCGGACACAUGCACCCAGAGAUGUUCCAGAUAAUGGACGAGAUCAAGGAGGGCAUCCAGUACCUGUUCCAGACGAGGAACCCCCUCACGCUGGCCCUGAGCGGCUCCGGACACUGUGCCCUGGAGGCCGCCCUGGUCAACCUGCUGGAGCCGGGGGACCCUUUGGUCGUGGGUGUCAAUGGCAUGUGGGGACAGCGGGCAGUGGAAAUCGGGGAACGAGUAGGGGCUCGCGUGUACCCGCUCAUCAAGGAGCCUGGAGAGUAUUACACGCUGCAGGAGCUGGAAAAGAGCCUGGCCCAGUACCAGCCGGUGCUGCUGUUCCUCACCCAUGGCGAGUCCUCCAGUGGGGUGCUCCAGCCCCUGGAUGGCUACGGAGCACUGUGUCACAGGAACAACUGUCUGCUCCUGGUGGACUCAGUGGCCUCCAUUGGCGGCGCUCCCAUCUACAUGGACCAACAAGAAAUCGAUGUGCUCUACUCUGGUGCCCAGAAGGCACUCAAUGCGCCUCCAGGCACUGCCAUCAUCUCCUUCAGUGAAAGGGCAAAAAACAGGAUCUACAGCCGGAAGACGAAGCCCUUCUCCUUCUACCUGGAUAUGAAGAUGCUGGGCAACUUCUGGGGCUGCGAUGGCCAGCCCAGGAUGUACCACCACACUAUCCCGGUCAUCAGCCUGUACAGCCUGAGAGAGAGCCUGGCCAUCGUGGUGGAGGAGGGCCUUGAGAAGAGCUGGCUCCGGCACCGUGAGGUGACCGCCUACCUGCACGAGCGGCUGCAGGGGCUUGGCCUGAAGCUUUUUGUGAAGGACCCGGAGCUGCGGCUGCCCACGGUGACCACGGUGGCCAUGCCUGCUGGCUAUGACUGGAAGGACCUGCUGCGCUACUUGCUGCAGCACCACAACAUCGAGAUCAUGGGCGGCAUGGGACCCACAGUGGGGAAGGUGCUGCGCAUCGGACUGCUGGGCUACAACGCCAGCAGGGAGAACGUGGACCGGCUGCUAGAUGCCCUGCAGGACGCGCUGCAGCACUGCCCCCAUGGCCACUUGUGAUGCCCCGGCCUACCUACCCCCUGCCUAUGCUAUCUUCUCAUACGCCACCCUGCCCCACACUGAGACUGCCACCAUGGAUGACCCCGUCACAUGCUGCCACCACCAGGCUGAGCCCUGCCUUCCAGUGGAACCUUCUAGAAAUGGCCUGAGGCCCAGGAGCUACUAACCUUGGAAUACAAAAUGUUCAGUCAAGAGAA